UCUGCAAGAGCAUCAGCAUCCGCACCCGAAACCCGGCUCGGGCGCGCUCCCGGAGGGUGGGGUGCAGUACCGCGCCGCGCGUCCCCGUGUCUCGCGCCCGCGCCGCGCGUGCCCGCGCCCCCGCUCGCUCCCGCGCGCCUCCUCAGCAUCCUCAGGCCCGGCAGCAACCCCCGCAGUCACUGGAGCGGCCGCGCCCGCCACUGGGAGGGUGCAGCCGCUGGGGAGGCUCCAAGUUGGCCGAGCAGAGGGGACCCCCCCUCUGCGGACCGCUCCCCGAAAGGCGGAAAGAGCCCAGGAGGGCGCGCCGCCGUCCCCGAGCCCCCCAGUCCCUGACCCCUGCCCGCGGCCGCAGCAUGCGCGCCCAGCCGGCGUGACCGGCUCCGCCCGCAGCAGCCCCGCAGCCCAGCCCAGCCCGGCGCUCUCGCGGGUCACUCGGACCGGCGCCCGGGAGCGAUGAGCCAUGAAGCCGCCCGGCAGCAGCUCCCGGCGGCUGCCCCUGGCGGGCUGCAGCCUGGCCGGCGCCUCCCGCGGCCCCUGUAGCUGCCCCGCCGGCCCGGUGCUGGCCCGCGCGCCGCCCUGCCGCCUGCUCCUCGUCCUUCUCCUGCUGCCUGCGCUCGCCGCCUCGUCCCGGCCCCGAGCCCGGGGGGCCGCUGCGCCCAGCGCUCCGCACUGGAACGAAACUGCAGAAAAAGCCCCGGGAAUCCUGGCCCACGAAGCCAAGACAUUGCAACAGAAGGGCAGCAGUAAUGUCAGCAACAGCAGUGCGCUGCAGAAGGAAAUCACACUGCCUUCGAGACUCGUGUAUUACAUCAACCAGGACUCAGAAAGCCCCUAUCAUGUUCUCGACACAAAGGCCAGACACCAAGAGAAACACAACAAGGCUGUCCAUCUGGCCCAGGCGAGCUUCCAGAUCGAAGCCUUUGGCUCCAAGUUCAUUCUCGACCUCAUACUGAACAAUGGUUUGCUGUCUUCUGACUACGUGGAGAUUCACUAUGAAAAUGGGAAACCGAUGUACUCCAAGGGUGGAGAGCACUGUUACUACCACGGAAGCAUCAGAGGUGUCAAAGACUCCAGGGUGGCUCUGUCGACAUGCAAUGGACUCCAUGGCAUGUUUGAAGACAAUACCUUCGUGUAUAUGAUAGAGCCUCUGGAACUGAUUCAUGAUGAGAGAAGCACAGGCCGGCCACACAUAAUCCAGAAAACCUUGGCGGGACAAUACUCUAGGCAGAUGAAGAAUCUCAGCACAGAUGGCGGUGACCGCUGGCCUUUGCUACCUGAGUUACAGUGGCUGAGAAGAAGGAAGAGAGCUGUGAAUCCAUCACGUGGUGUGUUUGAAGAAAUGAAGUAUUUGGAGCUGAUGAUCGUUAAUGACCACAAGACGUAUAAGAAACACCGUUCUUCUCAGGCACAUACCAACAACUUCGCAAAGUCUGUGGUCAACCUUGUAGAUUCUAUUUACAAGGAACAGCUCAACACCAGGGUUGUCCUGGUGGCCGUAGAGACCUGGACCGAGAAGGAUCAAAUUGACAUCACCAUCAACCCUGUGCAGAUGCUGUAUGAGUUCUCCAAGUACCGGCAGCGUAUCAAGCAGCACGCCGACGCGGUCCACCUCAUCUCGCGCGUGACAUUCCAUUAUAAGAGAAGCAGUCUCAGUUACUUUGGAGGUGUGUGCUCUCGCAUCAGAGGGGUCGGUGUAAAUGAGUAUGGUCUUCCAAUGGCAGUGGCACAAGUAUUAUCGCAGAGCCUGGCUCAAAACCUUGGGAUCCAGUGGGAGCCUUCCAGUAGGAAGCCAAAGUGUGAGUGUGUAGAGUCCUGGGGCGGCUGCAUCAUGGAAGAAACAGGGGUAUCCCAUUCUCGAAAGUUCUCCAAGUGCAGCAUUGCAGAAUACAGAGACUUCUUACAGAGAGGAGGAGGAUCCUGUCUUUUCAACAGGCCAACAAAGCUGUUUGAGCCCACAGAGUGUGGAAAUGGAUAUGUAGAGGCCGGGGAGGAAUGUGAUUGUGGUUUCCAUGUGGAAUGCUAUGGAGUUUGCUGUAAGAAAUGCUCGCUCUCCAAUGGAGCCCAUUGCAGUGAUGGCCCCUGCUGCAACAAUACCUCGUGUCUUUUUCAGUCACGAGGGUAUGAAUGUCGGGAUGCUGUAAACAGCUGUGAUAUCACGGAAUACUGCACUGGAGACUCUGGCCAGUGCCCACCAAAUCUCCAUAAGCAAGAUGGCUAUGCCUGCAAUCAAAAUCAGGGUCGCUGUUACAACGGGGAGUGCAAGACAAGAGACAACCAGUGUCAGUACAUCUGGGGAACAAAGGCUGCAGGGUCAGACAAGUUCUGCUACGAAAAGCUGAAUACAGAAGGCACCGAGAAAGGCAACUGUGGUCAAGAUGGAGACCGGUGGAUCCAGUGCAGCAAACAUGACGUGUUCUGUGGAUUUUUACUGUGCACCAAUCUGACCCGAGCUCCGAGAAUCGGUCAACUUCAAGGAGAGAUCAUCCCGACAUCCUUCUACCACCAAGGCCGAGUCAUUGACUGCAGUGGUGCUCACGUAGUUUUAGAUGAUGACACAGAUGUGGGCUACGUUGAAGAUGGGACUCCAUGUGGCCCAUCCAUGAUGUGCUUAGAUCGGAAGUGCCUACAGAUUCAAGCCCUAAAUAUGAGCAGCUGCCCACUCGAUUCCAAGGGGAAAGUCUGUUCAGGCCACGGGGUGUGCAGUAAUGAAGCCACCUGCAUCUGUGAUUUCACUUGGGCAGGCACGGACUGCAGCAUCCGGGACCCAGUUCGGAACCCCAACCCCCCGAAGGAUGAAGGACCUAAGGAAACGUCAAGAAGAGGAGGUUCGAUCCCACUCAGCAGGGCCCCAUCUGAAUCAGCUGCACUGGAGGAAUGCCACCUUGCACCGUUGGGUUCCGGGUAUGACAUGUUUUCAGCCAUGCUGCUGGAACUCCUAAGUCUGUCAACAAGACCAUUGGGUGGUAAUGACUGCAGAGCUCCAAUGUGGGAAUGGGGAAAUGGGGUGCAAGACAACUGUCCCUUUUGGAUAUAACUUCAAGUAAACCCUCCUAUCACCUGUCAAUAAAGGGGAGGGGUUAAAGACCAUGUCAUUAAAAAAAAAAAAACAAACACUUCAGAAUCCUUUAUUUUUUUUUCUUUUUAACUGAAGGAGAAAGGAGCAAGGGCAAAGUGCAAUAAAAGAACACGUAGCAAAUGGUUUCCCCCUAGCCUGCUGACACUUAAUAUCUUCUAAGUGAUUUGGCAUGAUUUUUAUUUCCCUUUACUAUCAAAGACAAACUCCAGUGGCAUGAAGAUCCAAUUUUGGAAAGGGUAAAAACUGCAUGGCAUAUAUCACAACAAGCUAGCAAGCCGAUCUUCAGCAAAACCUACCAUGGAAGCCCUAAGGGGAAGAUGAGAGAUGAACACGCAGAUGCUGCCUGGACUUGGAUAGUGCAAACCCCCCAUCCCCUUGGCUCCUUUUCCCUGGACUCCGUGUCCCCGCCCACUCCAGCCCAGCCCCAGGGCAGCACUCAGCCGGACUGUACUCUCGUUGAUUCUCUUUUCCCAUCAUGUUCUCUCCUGGACCAAGCAUCCUUUGGAAAUGGGAGCUGGAAUUGGAACAAUGCUAUUGUAUAGUCCUUUUAUAAAUGUAAAUAUGGAAAUAAGAGAUUUUGACAUGCCAUUUUCACUUGUCUGUAUUGAAAUGUUUUUCUUUGCCAGAUUCUCUCUACACAAGUUUGUUGCUUGCUCCACAUCCUCUUUUUCUUUCUUUUCUCUCAUUUUCUUUCCUUCUUUUUCUCUGUCCUCUCUUAUAACAUGUCCAAUGAUUGUUGGGCUUGCUUAACAAGACAGAUGUAGCCCCCAGAUGAAGGGAGUUUGGGCACAAAACAAAGCUAGUCUGCUUGAAACCAAAAAGAAAAAAAGCAGAGGACACAAAACAACCCAUCUCAAGACCACCAAUUAUGUAAAUGUAAGUAUAUAUGUACUGAUGAGUCUAAAAUUUUUGAUGUCAUCAUAAGCACAUGUAUAUAAUGUAAGAAAACAGAGGCCCUUCUUAGAUUAAUCACAAAAGUGCCAAGCUCAUGAUUUGAGUUUGUGGUUUAACCAGUUUUCUUUCCCUGUCUUAAAUGUGAAAGGAGGAGAAACUUAAAGCCUUAAAUAAAAAUUAAUAAUUUGUACAUGUUGAAAGCUUGGAGAAAAGUUAAGCUCUCCAUUCUGUUCCUAUGUAUUUUUUUUUUUUUUGUCAAAUUUCCUUUAUGCUUCAUCUUUCUGCCUCGACAGAAUGCCAGUGUGGUGGGGCAGAGUAGCAGGUAGCCUUCUGGUCAUUUUGGCCUGUCAUUUGGCAUGGCGAUUUCGGGAGCUCACUUGGCCCUCAAUGUCUUUCUGACCCAUGGACUCUGGUGGACUGUGAUGGGAUUCCACUACAGAUGAACCCACACUCUUCCUUUCCCUCCAGUAGCUGGGGAGAGAGAGCCUUGGCAUCCCCAAACUCUUGGAGUUUCCCUCAUCUUUACUCAUUUCUUUUUUAACAUAUUGCCAGGAUAGCUUCCACUGAAGUGUUAGGGGGGACCAAUCCUGAAGAAAUUCCCUCCUGGCUUUGGUUUAGAUGUCCAGACUUGUGCAUGAUAGCUUCAGUGACCCGCCCUCUAGAACUCAGACCCCCAAGAGUCCCUACUUCGCUACAGUCCCUGUUUCAGGAAGAAGACAUCCAACUGAACUAUGCAUUUCUUCCCGGCACUGAGUUCCUUUCUACAUUUAGCUCUAAACCCCUUUCCAGCAAGACUCAUGCAGUAAGCUUUACAAUUUUUUUUUCAAGUAGAAGGGAGGAUUUCCUGAAAAUGGAUGGCUUAAAACUGGAGUUACCGUCCCCCCUUCCAAAGAUAUCUUUAGUUAUUGAAGUUUCACACUCACAGGGCAGACAUUGAGAUUGCUAUAUACUACCCCAACACCAUAACCUAACGUUGUAAUCCUCGGAUGGCUUUCUGAGAAACAGGUGCUAUGCAGGUAUGCAGUCUUUAGCUUGAACUUGCUCUUUGCUUCCAUAGCAACAACAGGGCUAUCUAGAAGGUGUAUUGGCCUUAUUCCUGGUUUUGUAAGGCGCAGUUUGUGCCCCUCUACUGAAUGGCAGUGGCUCAGCUUGGAGGAAGGUUGGAGGAAACUCAGAUGACUUGGUAAUCUCUCCCUGUUGUUGCAUUGCUUAGGGGUCCACUUCACUAUGAGAUACCAAGCAGCUGCCAAAAACACCGUACUCAUUUCACUACUAAUUCCAAGGCACCAUGGUGACUUCGACUCAAAACUACACCAGUUAUGAAACAGGUCUCUAUUGUCAACUUUUGAGCAUUUCACAAACAACAUUGUAAAUGUGCGAUGUUAAGUUUUAAAUCAGACCACAGUGGUCCCCAAAUAUUAUGUACAUAUGACAAAUGUCAGUAUAACUUUUUGUUACACUGACAGUUUCAUAGGUAAACAAACCUAUGCUCCAAUGUUAAAUUAUUCGUGUGUAUAUGUAAAAUGCACAAGCUUUAAGCUGUGUUUGUACGGACAUGAAGGGUAGUGCAAUCAUACUGUAUACAAUGGGUUAGAAUUGGUUUUCAGUGGUGUUAGGUUAUGUAGUUUCAAACUCUUUGCUACAUUUUUCUCUUGCACAUGCCAAUCAUUUGCUUAUUUUGUGGUGUGAAUACUCCUUCUUCUUAUUCAUUUGAAUUCAAAGCACAAGCCUACCAUUGUUUAACGUUACCCAACAAGAGUGUUAAGUGAUGACCAAGUUCCCGUUUCCCUGGCUAGACUUUUGCUGCGAUAAUUAAUGACACCUGGAUGAGGAGGUAUGCGCUAACUUCACUGCUCACCCGGGGUAGUGCAUGAGCCCACUGAAUUAAAGCUACUCCUCCCAGCUAAGUGAGCCGAACACAUAGGUGCAUGUUUGAGCCAUGAAUCACAUAGAGCUGUGGAGUUUUGCCAAGUGAUGUUGCUGUUUUGUUUUUUACUAUGCAAAGAUGGGAAAUGCACAAACUUUUCAAAGAUAUGUCUGGAGAACUUUACAACGAUACUUGAAUUCUUUUUUUAAUCAUCCCAUCCCAUUUUAAGGUCAUUGAUGCUUCCAUUGUUAAUUUUAUUUUUCCCCUUCAAUUUUAAUGGUUUGUAACCUUUAAAUGCACAACCUGAUUGUUUGUUUGAUAAAUUCCGAUCCUGUUGGCUGCCUGUGAACAGAUAUUCCGUCAUCCUUACAUGCCUCUUUUAGCUGAGUGUGCAUUAAAACUUUUAUUACUGUA